AUGACCGAACAACACCAAAACGGCUCGGAAGUGCACGUCGCCACCAGCCAACCAACGGCCUCGGGCAAGGGUGUGCCAACAGAAACCAACCCUUGGUCCGAAAAGGUCGAGGUCGAAGCCCUGCCAAGAUGGCAACGCUGGCUGUGGAAGGCCGCGACCUGGGGCCGGGUUGAGAUCCGUGGCAUCUCCCCCAUCCCUGUCGAGGAGAGGACGGUCAAGCGAACUAUCAACAUCUUCACCCUUUGGUUCGGCAUGAGUGCCAACAUCCUUGCCAUUACGUUUGGCAUGAUUGGCCCGGCUUCCGGGCUCAGCCUUCGAGAUAGCUCCCUGGUUAUCCUGUUCUUUAUCCUCUUGACUACUCUCUUGCCUGCGUAUCUCGCCACUCUCGGGCCUAAGACCGGUAUGAGACAGAUGAUUCAAGCCCGGUACAGCUGGGGCCGUUGGCUCGUCUCUAUCCCGGUCUUUCUUAAUCUGGCGACCAUGAUCGGCUUUGCUGCCAUCAUCUCGGUCGUCGGCGGCCAGUGCCUUUCCGCUGUGGCAGACGGUGGCAUCACCCCAACCAUUGGCAUUGUGAUCAUCACCAUCAUUGCCCUCAUCAUCUCGUUCUGCGGCUUCAAGGUCCUCCACUAUUACGAGCGGUACGCCGUGAUCCCGGCUGUCAUCGCGAUCAUCGUCGCAGUUGGCUGCGGUGGUAAGGGCCUCACCAACCAGGUGCCCCCCGCCGGACCUUCUUCGGCACCGAAAGUGCUCUCGUUCGCCAUGAUCGUCGCGUCGUACAUGAUCCCCUGGGCCUGCCUGGCAUCAGACUUCACGACUUACCUGGACCCCAAGACCUCGUCGUGGCGCAUCGCGGCGUACACCUACGCCGGCCUUAGCAUCCCGACCAUCCUCCUCAUGGUCCUGGGGGCCGCGAUCGGAGGCGCCGUGGCCGGCAACCCGGACUGGGAGGCGGCGUACGCGAGCACGCUGACGGGCGGCGUCCUCGACGCAAUGCUGCGCCCCGCCGGCGGCUUCGGCAAGUUCCUCCUCGUCAUCCUGUCGCUGAGCCUGCUCGGCAACGUCGCCGCGACGUCCUACUCCAUCACGCUCAACUUCCAGAUGCUGCUGCCCAAGCUGUCGAGCGUGCCGCGCUACCUGUGGGCCAUCGCCAUGACGGCCAUCGUCAUCCCCGUCAGCAUCCGCGCCUCGGUCGACUUCUACAGCAACCUGUCCAACGUCAUGUCGCUCAUCGGCUACUGGAGCUCCGCCUUCCUGGCCACGCUCAUCGUCGAGCACCUCUGGUUCCGCCGCGGCGACUGCUCGACCUACGACCCGGAGGACUGGAGCAACGCCAAGAGGCUGCCGCUCGGCGUGGCGGCGCUCGUGUCGGCGGCGCUGAGCUUCGCUGUCGUCAUCCCUUCCAUGGCGCAGGUCUGGUACACGGGCCCCAUCGCCGAGAAGACGGGCGACAUCGGCUUCGAGUUGGCGUUUUUCGUCACGGCGGCGUUGUAUUUCCCGUUCAGGACGCUGGAGAAGAAGCUGGUGGGCAGGUGA